AUGGCGGAUCAACACGACUACCGUUCUGCCCCGACUCACGAGAUCUCGAAGCGCACGAAUGGCAAGUCGAGCGAGUACAAGAAGCCCCACGCCGACACCGCCGAGUAUGAGCGAAUGUACAAGGAGUCGAUCGAGCAGCCCAGUGUCUUUUGGGACAAGGCGAGUCUUUCUCUCUCCAUAGUUCCCUUAUCCGGGGUGAUGUCGUCUUUGUGUUCGCGUCCCAAUGUCCCCCUCUUCGUCGAGCUCUGCUCCCUCCCGAUGACUCUCCACGAGGGGGAAGGACGGGAGCGCUCGCUGGUGGGAGGGGCGAGAAGCGGCGCUUCCGAUUCUCAACGCAUCGCGUUUGUCAUGGCUUGGGGUGGCCUUUUCGAGCUGGAUUUUUAGGGUCUAGUUGCUUCUAGUUGUAGCAUAUCCGCUUCCUGACUUUGUCGAGCUAGGGGUGAUAGGUGCUACAGCUCAGCGGGAUCCCGGGUUCCUACCGCUGCCCCGCACUCGGGAUCGACUGCGUUCCGCGUUCCAGAUAUCCUUUUCCGACCUGCGGAACCUUUUUCGGCGGCUUUAGGAUUCUUCAUCAUACUCUCGAGUAUCUUGAGCCAUAAUGCUAACUUUUCACCUCGUUCAUGACCUCAGAUGGCCAAGAAGCAUCUGUACUGGCACCGUCCUUACUCGACCGUCAUGGCCGGCUCGUUCGAGGCCGGUGACGUGCAGUGGUUCCCCGAAGGCGGUUUGAACGUCUCCUACAACUGUGUCGAUCGAUGGGCCUACAAGCACCCCGACAAGGUCAGUUACACCAGUGUCUAGGUGAUCUUGCGAACUCCCGAGCCGGCCGCUGACCCUCGCGUACCCAUGCUCUCCGCCCCAUGUCCCUCCAUCAUGUCCCUCUAGACCGCAAUUAUCUGGGAAGCCGAUGAGCCCGGAGAACACGUCGAGCUCACCUACUCGCAGCUCCUCCAAGAGGUGUGCCGGACGGCCAACAUCUUGAAAAACAUGGGUGUCAAGAAGGGCGAUGUACGUUUCCGAAAGAUCAUUCUGUCCGCUCAGCUCUGCCGUCGCGCCCGAGCUAACGAACUUUUGGUGCUUUAACCUCUCCAGACCGUUGCCAUUUACUUGCCUAUGUAAGUACUACGGGUUUUGAUACUAAUCGGAGCCAAAAUGCGCGGUUUGCUGAUCUUCGGCGUUGAUUCGUCCAACGAACAGGGUCCCCGAGGCUGCCAUCGCUUUCCUUGCUUGCGCCCGUCUCGGUGCCGUCCACUCCGUCGUCUUUGCCGGUUUCUCGGCCGAAUCUCUCCGUGACCGUGUGCAGGACGCUAAAUCACGCGUCGUUAUUACGACCGAUGAAGGCAAGCGUGGAGGCAAGACGAUCGCGACCAAGUCGAUCGUCGACGCCGCGCUGAGCGAGUGCCCCGACGUCGAGCACGUCCUCGUGCUCAAGCGAACCGGUGGCAAGGUCAAGUGGACCGAGGGCCGCGAUGUUUGGUGGCACGAGGCCAAGGAGACCGUCCAGCCCUACUGCUCGCCCGAGAUCGUCAACUCCGAGGACCCCCUCUUCAUCCUCUACACUUCCGGUUCCACCGGCAAGGUAAGUUGUUUUCGAUCCACCCGCGUUCACACGCUGCGAUAAGGUACUAACCAAAGCGUUUUAUCGCCAAUGUCACACAGCCCAAAGGUGUUGUCCACUCGAGCGCUGGCUACCUCCUCGGCGCCUUCAUGACGCUUAAGUACGUGUUCGAUGUCCACCCCGACGACAAGUACGCCUGCAUGGCCGACGUCGGUUGGAUCACGGGCCACACCUACAUCGUCUACGGCCCCCUCGCCAACGGUGUCACGACGAUCAUCUUCGAGUCGACGCCCGUCUACCCUACCCCUUCGCGAUUCUGGGAGGUCGUUGCCAAGCACAAGCUCACGCAGUUCUACACCGCCCCGACCGCCAUCCGUUUGUUGCGCCGCUUGGGCGAGAAGCACGUCGAGGGCCACGAUCUCAGUUCGUUGCGCACGAUCGGUUCGGUGGGAGAACCCAUCAAUCCCGAGGCGUGGGAAUGGUACCACGAGCACGUCGGCAAGAAGGAGUGCCAAGUCGUCGACACGUACUGGCAGACUGAGACGGGAUCGAUCAUAAUCACGUGAGUCUGAAUAGGUCUGAUCUUCUUUAGUUGCCAGAGCUGUCGCUGACCUCCCUCGAAUGCGUACUCUGCAGUCCCUUGCCCGGAGCCACCAAGACCAAGCCCGGAUCCGCAACUCUUCCCUUUUUCGGUAUCAAACCCGUCUUGCUCGACCCCACUACGGGCAAGGUAGUCGAAGGCAACGAAAAGGAAGGUGUGCUCGCCAUUGCACAGCCGUGGCCUUCGAUCGCCCGCACGGUCUACGGCGACCACAAGCGAUAUCUCGAGACAUACCUCAAGCCUUACCCCGGCUACUACUUUACGGGCGAUGGUGCUGGACGUGACCACGAUGGCUACUACUGGAUUCGAGGCCGAGUCGAUGACGUCAUCAACGUUUCGGGCCAUCGUCUCUCCACCGCCGAGAUCGAGUCAGCUUUGAUCCAACACCCCGGUGUCGCCGAGGCCGCUGUGGUCGGUAUCCCCGACGAGGUCACGGGUCAAUCAAUCGUCGCUUACGUGACGAUGAAGCCCGACUUCAACAUGAACGACACCGACGAGGCGUCCCUGUCCAAGGAGCUCGUCCUUCAGGUCCGAAAAUCGAUCGGACCCUUCUCGGCACCGAAGCAUUUGAUCCUCUUGGGCGACCUGCCCAAGACCCGAUCCGGAAAGGUAAACUUUCUGACUGUCUGAAAUUCCUGAUAUGCUGUGAUCUGUCCGCUGACCUUGCUCGCUCCUUUGCACUCCUUCCCUAAUUCAGAUCAUGCGCCGCAUCUUGCGCAAGGUCGCCGCCGGCGAGGCCGACCAGCUCGGCGACUUGUCGACCCUGGCCGAGCCCGAAGUCGUUGAGACAAUCAAGACAAAGACUGCUUCUUCACUCAAGAAGUAA